GGUACGUUCUACCACAUUACAUAACGACUCAACACUGUUCUCGCUUCUAUAAAUUGUUAGACUUAUUUCUUGCACCCAGUCUCAGCAGAUCUAAAGCUAGUUCACUGCAAUCCAUAAUGGCGUCUGAGCGCACGAUCACAUACUUCGACAUUACCAUCGGAGAGAAGCCUGCAGGACGCAUCAUAUUCUCUCUGUAUAACGAUCUAGUACCCAAGACAGCUGAGAACUUCCGUGCGCUAUGUACAGGUGAAAAGGGAGAAGGAGCAUCAGGCAAGAAGUUGUCUUAUGAAGGCUCCCGUUUUCAUCGAAUCAUCAAAGACUUCAUGUGUCAAGGAGGUGAUUUCACAGCUGGAAAUGGUACCGGUGGAGAGUCCAUCUACGGCGAAAAGUUCGAAGAUGAAGGUUUCCUUGUGAAUCAUACGAAGCCUUUCCUGCUCUCAAUGGCAAAUGCUGGUAAAGACACCAAUGGCUCUCAAUUUUUCAUUACUGCAAGGCCCUGCGCACAUCUUGACGGUAAACAUGUUGUUUUCGGUGAAGUCGUCCGAGGCAAAUCGAUAGUUCGCCAGAUGGAAAAUUCCCCCACGUCAUCUGGUGACGUCCCAACCUCUCCUAUCGUCAUUGCUUCCUGUGGUGUUCUUUCCCCCGACGACCCUGACCUUGCGCCUGUUGAAAACACGGAUGGCGAUGCCUAUGAGGACUAUCCAGACGAUGAUGACCGUGAUGUCCAAAACCCCGAAGUCGCACUAAAAGCCGCACGAGAAAUAAGGGAAAUCGGCAACAAACUCUUCAAAGAAGGUCAAACCGAACUAGCUCUCCAGAAAUACCUUAAGUCCAUUCGUUAUCUUGACGUACAUCCCGUGAUGCCGGAUAAUUCACCGCCGGAGUUGAAGGAUUCUUUCGACUCGUUGAUGGCUCCACUCCUCCUAAACUCUGCUCUUGCUGCUUUGCGAGUGCAACCUCAGACGUUAUACAAUGCGACGGUCGCUCAGGACAACACUACUCGUGCCCUCAACAAGCUCGAGUUGAAUGCCGCAGACAAAGCCAAAGCUUUAUACCGACGAGCAUUGGCCCGUGUCAUUCUAAAAGAUGAGGAAGAAGCCGAGAAAGAUCUCGUGCAAGCCAGUGAGCUGGUCAAAGAGGACCAGGCGAUUGCCACCGAGCUGGCUAAAGUCAGGCAGCGCAAGAAGGAGAAGCGCGACAAAGAAAAGAAAGCCUUCAAGAAACUGUUUGCAUAACAAACGGAACAAGUAAAUGUAAUACAAGCUGAUCAGAUGUAAUCCCGUGCUACGGUUGUACAUUGCUUUUAAAUACCAAGGUUAUCCAAAUCUUUGUUUAGUUCCGCGUU